AUGAAGUACGUUGCUCUACUCAGCGGCGGUAAAGACAGUUGCUACAACCUCCUGCACUGCUCACGCAACGGCCACGACCUCGUUGCCGCUGCGUCUCUGGGUCCCGAGCAUGGCAAAGAGGAACUUGACUCGUAUCUCUACCAAACUGUAGGUCAGGAUGCCAUAGAGUUCGUCGCGCGCGCAUUGGAAGUUCCGCUAUACCGCCGAGUGAUCUCUGGAACGGCAGUCGAGCAAGGAUCGGAAUACGGUGGUCGGAGUGCCGACGGCUUUGCGGGGACGGUGGGGGAUGAAACGGAGGACCUGUAUGCUUUGCUAUCCGCUGUCAAAUUCAAACACCCCGACGUUCAAGGUGUCUCCGUCGGCGCGAUUCUCUCCAGCUAUCAGAGAGUCCGCGUCGAGCAUGUAUGCCGACGUUUGUCGUUGACGCCGUUGUGUUAUCUGUGGCAGAGAGACCAGGCGGAACUGCUUUCCGAGAUGAUCGAAGCGGGCAUGGAAGCGAUCCUCAUCAAGGUCGCUGGGAUCGGGUUGACGACUCGGCAUCUGGGGCAAAAUCUGGCCCAAAUGCAGCCUCUGUUGACGAAGCUCAACGACAUGUACGGGUCACAUAUAUGCGGUGAAGGUGGCGAAUACGAAACGCUGACUCUGGAUUGCCCGCUCUUCAAGAAGCGCAUCACAUUGUUAGACACGGAGACCGUCAUUCACUCGGACAAUGAUUUCGCUACGGUUGCUUUCUUGCGAAUCAAGGAUGCUCGUCUAGAUCCGAAAGCUGUCGCUCAAACUUUCAAUGUGGCCGUCCCAGAUGUUCUCGAUAAGGAGCAUUCGCAUGUGUUUCACGCCGUGACGGCCUCUCUUGACAAUGGAACAGAGCCUAUCAAACUCUCUCCAAAACGUCAAACAUGUGAGGCUCCGAGUCUAACACGCAUAGGCCCUAAAACCAAACGCACCGGCAACUGGAUUUCCCUCUCCGAUAUCCAUACAACAGGAGAUAAUGCCGAUCUAUCCCUAGAAGACGAGGUCCGGGAAUGCUUUCAAACUGUGCAAGAUCGCCUGAAAGAACAUUCCCUAAAUCUCUCCCAUCUAACAAACAUCAACUUGUUCAUCUCAUCCAUGGACCUUUUUGCUCCAAUCAACGCUGUCUACGCCACAUUUUUUGGUUCGAGCCCUCCAGCACGCGCUUGCGUAGCGGUCGACCUCCCCUCCCAUUUACGACUCAAACUAGACUGCGUUGCCUAUGCAGAAAGUUCAAUAUUCGACCGUCAAGCACUCCAUGUACAAGGGCUAAGCUACUGGGCACCGGCCAACAUCGGACCUUAUUCUCAAGCGGUCGAUGAACGAGUCUUCAUUUCAGGCCAGAUCGGAUUGAUCCCAAGCUCUCUAUCAACUCCAUCCCCACCAUCAAUAGGUUACGAAACUGCGCUGUCUUCGCAGCAUGUUGAUCGCGUCGUCAAAGCCCUGCAAAACACUAGCGGUGGAGGUUGGGACGGCCACGCUCAGAACAUCUUAUACUGGUUCAUAAACGACCACGAUGUCCCGCUUGUCAAAAAGGCUCUUGGGAACGAUCAUACUCCAACGCUCUUCGUCGUUGUUAAAGAUCUCCCAAAAGAGGCGCUGAUAGAAAAGCAAGUCCUCUACCAUACCGGACGCACAACGGUUGUCGAGGAGGACGGGGACGUCGGCGUCGUUUCUGAGAAGCCAUCACUCAAUCAGGGCGACCUGUCAAGCGGAGAAGCUUCAAUUCAUUGGGAGGUAUCGGGCUUGGAUCAUGCGAAGGCUGCAUCGGCUAUCGUCUGUUUCAAGGGGGACAACGACGUAGAAUAUCUGAGUCGCCAGCUCAAAGCGGCCGAAUCCCUGUUUCCCGUCCUGAACAAUGCCCUAUCUAUUCGCAUCUUUCAUAGAAAACCAUUGACAUCAUUCAUAAAAGUAUACGACACCUUGUUCGAUUCGAAUGAAGGGCCUGUCGUUAUGCCCAUCGCAUGCCGGAAUAUCUCGACCAACCAACACGGCGACUGGGAUUAUGCUAUGUGCAUCAUAGCAAGUUAGGACAACAUGUAGCCUUACAGCAUUAGACGAGACGUGGACCCAAAACAAAGAAGUAGAAAAAUGUUGUACAACAACGUAGAGCAAAAGUAUCUCGACAGAGGAACUCCAAUCCAAUUUGGAUACUGUGCUCAUC